AUGGGGUUUCGCAUCACCACCUGGAACGUAAAUGGGAUCCGGAACCCAUUCUCGUACGAGCCAUGGCGAGGAACGCGUACAUUUGCGUCCAUGUUCGACAUCCUAGAGGCAGACCUGGUCGUCUUUCAAGAAACCAAGAUCCAGAGAAAAGACCUCAAAGAUGACAUGGUCCUAGUGCCGGGGUGGGACUGCUAUUUCAGUCUCCCCCGAGUCAAGAAGGCGGGCCCAGGGUACUCGGGUGUAGUUAUAUACACGCGCAACGCGACAUGCAGUCCCAUUCGCGCCGAGGAGGGUAUCACUGGCGUGCUCUGUCCGCCCAACUCCUCGGUGUCGUUCCGGGAUCUUCCUGCCGAGCAGCAGAUUGGAGGAUAUCCAACUGCUGAGCAGCUCGCACGACCGAUCAUUCUGUCCGAAGACUCGGAUCCAGACGAGCAGCAGGACAUUGAAGAACCCACAGCCGAUACUGAGGUUGAUGCCGCCACCCUCGACUCGGAAGGGCGCUGUGUCAUCCUCGAGUUUCCGGCCUUUGUUCUAAUCGGAGUGUAUUGUCCAGCAAACCGGGAUGAAAGCCGCGACUGCUUCCGCAUUAGCUUUCUCAAUGCCCUGGAUGCUCGCAUUCGGAAUCUUGUUGCGCAGGGGAAACGGGUGGUCGUGACAGGUGACAUCAAUAUAUCCCGGGGGCCGAUUGACGCAGCGCAUGCGCUGGAAGCCAUUCGAAAGAACCAGAUGUCUGAGGCAGACUUUGUAUCUACUCCACCGCGGCGUCUAUUCAACCAGUUACUGUCUGACGGGGAGGUUAUCGGCCAACGAGAGCAAGGCAGAGAACGGCCAGUGUUGCAUGAUCUCUGCAGAAAGUUUCACCCCGAUCGUGCGGGAAUGUAUACCUGCUGGGAACAGAGAAUCAAUGCGCGGCCUGGGAACUACGGGUCUCGAAUUGACUAUGUUCUUUGCAGCGUGGGGAUGCAGGAGUGGUUCGCGGAUUCGAAUAUUCAGGAAGGCCUCAUGGGAUCUGACCACUGUCCCGUCUAUGCCGUUCUCAAGGACACCGUGUCUCAUGAUGGCGAGCCUGUUCAUAUCCGUGACUUAAUGAACCCGCCAGGCGUCUUCAAAGGCGGCGAACGUCAGCAAGAAUACUCGGCCAAGUUCAUGCUCCCGGCGUCUGGCCGUCUGCUCCCAGAGUUUGACGUUGAUAAACGGAGGAGCAUCAAAGAUAUGUUCGCCCGUAAGCCUGAGAGCACUCUAGCGAGAUCUACAACCACCCUGCAAAAGGUUCCUUCCCAUAACGAAACAGAACUCCAUGCUGCACCGUUAUCCACACCCUCCGAGACAGACAGCGCUCCCCUUGUGGCAGAGAGCCCAACUACGAAAUCUAUUCCUCGCAAGCGCUCACAACCCGCCCCCAUUCCAUCCGCCAAACGCUCCAGAUCCGCAACAACACUCUCUUCCUCUGCCGCAGGACAAAAAACACUUAAGGGCUUCUUCAAGCCGAAGAGCGUCGAAGGCGGCGAGUCUUCCCAGUCUCCUCCAAAGAUCUCAGGCGCAGCUGCAGUACAACCCAACGAGGCGUCACUCGACUCUCCCUUGACGACCAGUGCUCUAAGUGCAUCCAAGCAGCCACCGCCACGACCGCACACAACCAACCCUACGGAGCAAGAUGAACCCCCAAUUACACCGGGCAAACAGCCAGACAGCGACACGGUAAUCGACCCGAUCGUCAGCAAGGAAGAUUGGGGCAAGCUCUUCACCCGCAAACCCCUGCCCCGAUGCGAGGGCCACCAGGAGCCGUGCAUCAGCAUGAAGACCAAGAAGCCCGGCAUCAACUGCGGCCGGGCGUUCUGGAUUUGUGCGCGGCCGCUCGGACCCAGCGGGAAUAAGGAGAAGGGCACGCAGUGGCGCUGUCCGACGUUUAUCUGGGCGAGCGAUUGGAACUCGUCGGCGCAGGCGCAAUGA